AUGUACUCGGCGAGAUAUUUUCGCCGAGUCGAACUCCAGCAGGAGGGUCUCGCGAAAGAUGCUCAGCAGGAGGCCCUCGCCGAGUCGAAGCACCAAGCCUGGCGACAGCUGCUCCUUGAUUGGGAGCAGUUUCUGAGCCAGCCAGACGUGGACGCCGUCCAGGAAGUCGUCCGGGUUGUCCGGAUCCACUUAGAGGUGUGGUUGGACAACGGGGUCGGACACCUCACGUACCGUGUACGCAGGUACUUACCGGGCUGCUUUGGUGAGUACCUGUGUCGCGUCAGGCGCAAGCCAACAACGCAGUGUCACGAAUGUGGGGCGGCCAGUGACUCAGUGGAGCACACCGUGGAAGAGUGUUCACGGUGGGCUCCUGAGCGUCGAGAACUGGUUGCCAAAAUAGGUGGGAACCUCUUCCUGGAGGGCCUAAUAAAAGCGUUGUGCUCCAGGAAAAAGGAAGAGUGGGGUGCAGUUGUCUUCUUCUGCUCUACUGUAGAGUCGUCGACGGACAAGGACUUUGACUAG